AUGUUCCCUUUAGACGACAAGAAGAACGUCAAGGUUGACGACCUAGCAAAUAGCACGCUCUAUUGCAGGGCCAUAUCUAAAUUCAAACCUAUCCGAGACAUCGAUUGGGUAAAACCUCGAUUUACUCAUGCCAUUCUCAGCAACACCAGACAGGCUAUUGCUGCCCAUGGUCAACGUUGUGGAGAUGUUAUGACAAAUGAAGAAUCCUGCGUGUCUUGCAAGGCUGGUUGUGGUGCUUUUAAAAGUUGUGUCGUUCUUUCGCAUGAAGCGACCAGCCUGGAUUUCCUUGGCGGUUGUUGUAUGAACUGUUACUUUAAAGCAAGAGGGCGUUUCAUGUGCUCGCUAUUGAUAGGGGUUGAUCAUCAGACAGUAAAGGCCACCAAGAAUCAGGGUAAUGACGAAGGGAGUACUCAGGUUGGUCCGAGCCUUGAAUAUCUGAAAGCAAAAAAGCGCAAGAGAAUUGUAGAAUAUGAUAGCACAUACUAUCAGUCACCACUUGAGCAGCCCAACAUCAAUGGGAAGGGAAAGUUUGGGGAGAAGCGGCAGGCACUUGAGUCGAUCCACUCCGUUUACGACCGGGUAGUUCAAGACAUGGAUCGCCUUUUCCAAUGUCUAUCCAAGGCAAAUGAGCUAGAGUCUGAUGAACAUGAGGAAGACGAGGAAGAUCUAGUUGUUGUUGGCUCUGAUACAGAUGUGGAAGAUACGAAGGAAACCGCGGUUGAGGCUGUUGUGAAGGUUGAUGAAAUCGAAAAGAAGGAUGUCAAAAUCGUCGAGUCUAGUUUGAAAAAGGAGGAAGAGGAAGAGAAACCCACAGUGUGGAAGAAGGCUCGUGCAACCAGGGGAAAAGGAAAGAAAGCCGUUGACAUUCAUAAGAAGUGA